AUGAACAUUCACGACUGGCAGUGGUCUCUUUCUCUCUACCUCUAUUUCUCUCUCUCCAUCUCUCCCCUUCUCUCUCCAGCUUUCUCUUUCUGUCCUUUUGCCCCUCCUGCUUACCUCCUUCCAGAUCUUUUUUCUUUUCCCAGACCUGCUGAUGUCAGUGCCUGCUACAACUCAAACCCUCUCCUUUUUCUGCCUCCAUCUCUCUCCCACCUCUCUAUCCUUCCCUCCAUCCCUUUCUCUUCUUGUCCUAUACUGAAUGUUCCCUUUGUCCAUCAGUCAGUUGGGGUCGCUCCCCAUCAUCAGUUAUUAGGUCAGGUUCUGUCACCUUCGUUAGGUCAGGUUAGGUCGCAUUCAUUAAGUCAGAUUUUAUCACAUUCGUUAGGUCACGCUUUGUCACAUUCGUUAAGUGAGGUUCUGGCACAUUCAUUAGGUCAGGUUCUGUUACGUUCAUUAGGUCAGGUUUUGUCACAUUCGUUAGUUCAGGUUUUGUCACAUUCAUUAGCUGAGGUUCUGUCACAUUCGUUAGGUCAGGUUCUGUCAUGUUCAUUAGGUCAGGUUCUGUCACAUUCGUUAGGUCAGGUUCUGUCAUGUUCAUUAGGUCAGGUUCUGUCACAUUCGUUAGGUCAGGUUCUGUCAUGUUCAUUAGUUCAGGUUUUGUCACAUUCGUUAGGUCAGGUUUUGUCAUGUUCAUUAGUUCAGGUUUUGUCACAUUCGUUAGGUCAGGUUUUGUCACAUUCGUUAGGUCAGGUUCUGUCAUGUUCAUUAGUUCAGGUUUUGUCACAUUCGUUAGGUGAGGUUCUGUCAUGUUCAUUAGGUCAGGUUCUGACACAUUCGUUAGGUCAGGUUUUGUCACAUUCGUUAGGUGAGGUUCUGUCAUGUUCAUUAGGUCAGUUUCUGUCAUGUUCAUUAGUUCAGGUUUUGUCACAUUCGUUAGGUCAGGUUCUGACACAUUCGUUAGGUCAGGUUCUGUCGUGUUCAUGAACUCCCACAGCCACUGAUACCAGUGCUCACAGAUCAGGUGUACUUCAGAUGACACACUUCUGUAUGAAACAAAUUUAAUGCGCUAGAUUUCAGGAUCUCCUCUUGUGGCUCAGAUUCAAUG